AUGGGUUAUGAUGAUCAGCUGUGUGUAAAGAAAAGUAUAUUGUGUUUAUACUCUCUCUUACUUGUUGCACCAUGUAUUUCUACGUUUGUUUGUGAGAAUUACAAUGACUGCAAGGCACUUCUCAAGUUCAAGAAAGGCAUAACAAGUGAUCCAAAUGGCCAUCUGCAAGCAUGGAAUGAGGCAAAUCCCUUCUGCAACUGGACCGGUGUCACAUGCCACGAGCACGUCGAAAACCGGGUUGUUGUUCUCGAACUCUCAGACAUGGGAUUGCAAGGAAGCUUAUCACCAUUUCUGUUCAAUCUUUCUCUUCUCGCCAAACUUUUACUGCAUACCAACAGAUUCCACGGAGAAAUCCCGACUUCUUUUGGAGAACUUUCGAAACUAGUACAUCUCAAUCUGAGUGAAAAUCAGCUUCAAGGUAAAAUCCCCUCUUCGCUGCACCGUUGUCGAAGCUUAAAAUUCAUGGACUUGACUGACAACAAUCUCUCUGGUAUUCCUGAGGAAAUUGGGCUGAUGAAGAGCUUGACAUACUUAUCUCUCACCGGCAACGUCUUCACAGGUUCCUUACCCUCAUUUCUGUCAAACUUGACAGAAUUGACAAGACUAGAACUGUCUUACAAUUACUUCACAGGGGAAAUCCCGCCAGAGCUCGGCGAACUGAAAAAGUUAGAGAUUAUGUAUCUCCAUGUGAACAAUUUGGAGGGGUCCAUACCUUCCGCGCUAAGUAACUGCACUGCUUUACGUGAGAUUUCACUCAUCGGUAACCAGUUAAGUGGAGAAAUCCCACCAGAGCUUGGUUCCAAACUGCGGAAUUUACAGAAGAUGUACCUUCAAAUGAACAAGAUUUCUGGGAAAAUUCCUGUAACCCUCUCCAAUCUUUCUCAACUGAUAUUACUUGAUUUAAGCAUGAACAAACUGGAAGGUGAAGUACCGAAAGAAUUAGGAAUGCUAGAAAACCUUGAGAUUCUUUACCUUCAUUCCAAUGACCUGAUAAGUGGAUCUGAUCAUUCUUCUUUAAGUUUCUUAACAUCUCUAACAAACUGUUCACAUCUGAAGAAGCUGCACCUGGCUUCGUGUUUGUUUGUCGGAAAGUUGCCGGAUUCUGUUGGUGAUCUUUCAAAAGAGCUUUAUUACUUGAACAUAAGGGAUAACAGCAUUUCAGGAAAGAUACCAGAGAGUAUUGGAAACUUGAGCAGCCUCGUUGACAUCGACUUGUGGUACAACUUUUUCAAUGAGACCCUUCCUGCAGCCCUUGGCAAGCUAGAAAAAUUGCAAAGGCUAAGCUUGGGGAAAAACAGAUUACAUGGCCAGAUUCCAGAUGACAUAGGGAAGAUGGCGAAUCUUGGAUUACUUGAUCUCAAUACAAAUUUGAUUAGGGGGUCGAUCCCACCUUCUCUGUGUACUCUCCCACAGUUGAGGUACCUCUACUUGUCUCAUAACAGACUAUCUGGAAAGUUUCCCAUUGAGCUCACACAGUGUUCUCUUCUGAUGUUGCUUGAUUUGUCUUACAACCGCUUGCGGGGUUCUAUUCCACCGCAGAUUGGAUCUUUUCCAAACUUAGCUUUCUCACUUAACCUGUCAAAUAACGGUUUCAUAGGAAGCAUACCAGAAACAAUUGGAAAGCUAGUAUCUCUGGAGUCCAUUGACUUGUCCAAGAAUAACUUCUCCGGUGUCAUACCGAGUGCGAUUGAAGGCUGCAUUUCUUUGAUAUAUCUCAACUUCUCCAACAACGUGCUUCAAGGGCCUAUUCCAGAGUCAUUGAAACUAAUCACAGAUCUUGAAGUUCUUGACUUGACUCGCAAUCAAUUAAACGGCACUAUUCCAGCUUGGAUUGGAGACAAAAACACGAUCAAGACUCUUAAUCUAUCGUACAACAGAUUAUCAGGAGAAGUUCCCAAAACUCAAAAUUUUAGUUUUUUCAAUAGAAGCUCAUUCUUAGGUAAUCUGGGGUUGUGUGGAGGUUCUUCAACAAUGGGCCUUCCUCCAUGUGAAAUUCAGCACCAAAAACAUAAGAAAAAGAAGAAGGUAUUCUAUGUGAUCCUAGCAGUAAUACCAAGCUGUGUUUUACUUUUGUUGGUUGCUUUCAUUAUUUGGUACUUUUUCUUGAGAGAAAAGUAUAAGAAGCAAGGUGUAAUACCAACAGCAUUUCCAACCAUUCAUGGGAGAAGAAUUUACACCCAAAGAGAACUUGAGAUUGCUACAGCUGGGUUCAAUGAGGUUAAUCUUCUUGGUAGAGGGGGCUUCGGGUCGGUCUACAAGGCGACCAUGGAUGAUGGAAGAACUACUGUUGCAGUUAAGGUUCUUCAUGAAGAAUCUGGUGGGAAUUACAAAAACCUGAAGAGGGAGUUCAAAAUUCUGUCCCAGAUUAAGCACAGAAAUCUGGUUGGAAUGUUGGGAUCGACAUGGAAUCCGCACUUCAAGGCUCUUGUUCUCGAGUUCAUACCAAACGGCAAUUUGGACCAACAUCUGUAUCCCGGUGAAUCUGAGGAAGAAGAAACUAGUGAGUUAACAAUGAAGGAGAGAUUGUCAAUAGCUAUAGAUGCUGCCAAUGGAUUGCAGUAUCUUCAAGAGGGUUGUCCAACUCAAGUUGUGUAUUGUGAUCUGAAACCGCAAAAUGUGCUUCUUGACAAUGAUAUGGUGGCUCAUAUAGCUGAUUUUGGGAUUGGGAAGCUACUGCUAGACAGAACAAGUGAACAGGCCAGCACAACAGAUUUUCUAAGAGGAUCAGUAGGUUAUAUUGCCCCAGAAUAUGGACAGGGGACUGAGGUGACAGCCAAAGGGGACAUGUACAGCUUUGGGGUGGUGCUGCUAGAGAUGAUAACGCGAAAAAGACCCACAAAUAGUAUGUUUUCGGAUGGGCUUGAUCUAAGGAAAUGGGUGGUUUCUCGCUAUCCAAACAACAUUUUGGAUGUCGUGGACAUUGCACUGAAACGGCAGGCAAGCUUGGGAGGCUCAGUUGGUAGUCUAGAGAGGCUUGAGCAAUGCUGCAUUGGGUUGGUUCAUAUAGCGUUGGCCUGCACAGAAGAGAACCCACAACAAAGACCACUCAUGUCUUUGGUUUUGCCAAUGUUGUUGAACGUUUGGAAAGAAAUGGGAUUUUGAAGUUCUAACUUUCA